AUGGAACCGAUCAAGUCACAUUUGGUAAUGGACCGUCACACGAAGCAUGAACUUUAUCGAGGCUCUACGGUUGAUGGCCUUUAUUCUCUUCCGCUUCACAUCAACCGGCAUACUCCUCCUCGUGCUUUUGUUGCUUCACUCAAUCUCUGGCAUCAGCGUCUCGGUCAUGCCAAUUUGCGUGCUGUUCGCCAGCUUUUGUCGUCUCAUCAUAUAAAAUACUCCUCCGACUCUUCUUCUUUAUGUCAUGGUUGUUCCCUUAGUAAGAUUCAUAAACUUCCAUUUCCAACUUCCUCUUAUUGUGCAUCUGCUCCUUUAGAACUUAUAUGUAGUGAUCUUUGGGGACCC